AACCCCUGCUCUUACUUUCAUCUGUCAGCCGCUCUUUACUCCUCCCCGUCCCCGAAUCGGAACCAAUCCUAGUAUCGUACAAUGACAAUCCGCUUCAAGAAAAACCGCAAGAAGCGCGGCCACGUGAGCGCAGGCCACGGCCGUAUCGGCAAGCACCGCAAGCAUCCAGGUGGGAGAGGUAACGCCGGAGGUAUGCACCACCACAGGAUCCUCUUCGACAAGUAUCACCCUGGGUACUUCGGGAAAGUGGGUAUGAGAUAUUUCCACAAGCUCCGCAACAAGUUCUACUGCCCCAUCGUCAACAUCGACAAGCUCUGGUCUCUCGUCCCACAAGACGCCAAGGCAAAGGCCAACAAGGAUUCGGCGCCAAUGGUCGACGUAACCCAGUUCGGUUACUUUAAGGUCCUGGGAAAAGGUGUGUUGCCCGAUAAUAAACCGAUCAUAGUUAAGGCUAAGUUGGUAUCCAAGACUGCUGAGAAGAAGAUUAAGGAGGCUGGUGGUGCUGUUGUUCUUACCGCCUAGGUUUGGAUUUUUUGCUUUUGCUUAUGGAUCUAAAUGAUAUUUCUGCAAUAUUAUGAUCUUGGACUUAUUUUUUAAAUGAGAUUUUACAUCAGGGUUCUUAAUUUCGCUU